AUGUAUGUAUGGGGCCCUUAUAUAACCCUCCAGGUGGGAGCCUGGCAGCUGUCGGUGGCCCUUUUCCAGAGCUUGUUGCAGGCAGAACUCAGCCCCGACGUGGUGAGUUACAGCGCAUCAAUCAGCUCCUGUGAAAAGGGAGGAAACUGGCCGUUGGCUUUGCAACUGUUCGACAGCAUGCGCCAGUCGGAGCUGUCCCCCGAUGUGAUCAGUUACAGCGCGGCCAUCAGCUCCUGUGAGAAGGGCAUGCGAUGGCAGCUGGCAUUGCAACUCUUCGGGUCUUUGUCUGAGGAAAAGCUUCGCCCAAAUGUGAUCUGCUACAAUGCCACAAUCAGCAGCUGCGAGAAAGGUGGGCAGUGGCAGCGAGCCCUGCUACUCUUGAGCUCCUUUCCGGAAGCCAGACUGGUGCCGGAUCUGAUCAGCUAUUCUGCCACAAUUAGCUCCUGCGAGAAAGGAGCUCAGUGGCAGCUCGCACUUGAGCUUUUUGAUGCAUUGCCUCGAGCUAAGCUCACUCCGGAUGUUAUCAGCUAUGGAGCAGCCAUCGUCUCUUGCGAGGAGGGCGGGCAACCGGAGAAGGCUUUCAAGCUCUUCUGCUCCAUGCUCAGCUCCCAUCUUCAGCCGCAUGUCAUGCUCUAUAGUGGAGCAGUCAGUUUCUGUGAGACGGGGUCCGAGCCCGAGAAUUAG